AUGACCUUCGUCACCGCCCUUGUCGUCGCGGUUGCCAUACACACAGUUGUCGGCAGUAUCAAGACUCCGCUGGCCUCCGCACCCAUCUCAGACCGUAACAUCACCCGCAUAUCUUCAAAUUCGACCAGCCGUGAACCCAACGGACUCCACCCCACGGUGGCCUUCUGGGACGAUGAUUAUGCCGCGGAGGAGGAUUGGAACAAGAAUGCAGCCAAAGGAGGCGCCCUGAUCUGUGGUCUCGAAGGCUCUGAUCAGACCGCAGGCCGUCAGAUGAAAGAUACUCGCGAACCCCCAUCUGCUGCAAGGCCUUACAACAGUGACCUCAAGAUAGAGCUUCAGGACUGGGUCGAGCAUUGGGACCCAGAGAAAAGAGAUAAUGAGGGCAACCAGAUCCCGGCUAUCAAUCAGUGGUACAGCACAGCACUUAACAACAAGCAAUACAGAGCAACAAAGGCGCAUUUUGAAUUCGGAAUCAACACCAAAGGAGGCGCUAUCUAUGGUCUCUUCCUUGAAAGCCCUCAAGCAUCCGCCAAGACUAUCUGGGGCGGUGGUACGAAGGAGCCGAACAAAGACGACCUACCUCAACUUCGCGCUUUCUCAGACAUCAUCUGGGGAUUUUGGGUUCGUAACAACCCCAAUAUCAAGAACAUUCGCUACUUCUUCAUGAUAGCCAUCUCCAACGAGGUGACUAAUCAAAUCAUCGCUUCUUGUCUACGCGACCGAUCUCCAAACGGUGCUGGGUUCGCUUACUUUCUCAUGCAGCACAAAUUACAACUUGGCCAAAAGACCAUCAGCAAGAUCACUAUCUUCAGGCCGGAAACAGACGACGACGUCAGCCUUGUCGACGCAUCUCUGUGUUUCCACGUGGUCGAUGGCCCGCAGCCACCACCUGACGAUGCUCAUAUGGAAGGGACUGAUCGCCUGAAAGCUCGACUUGUGCAAGAGACAAAUUCAAAAGAUUCAUCACCCAACAGCUUGGUCAGGGUCCACGAGAUCUAUAUGUAG